AUUUAACGCGUACUUAGUUCUUAGUGAACAUUCAAUAUAGAUCUUUCUUACCCGAGCUCCUCGACAACUCGGAAAGGAAGAUGAAAAACCUCGCUAUCGUCUUUGCCUUCUGCUUCGUCGGGACUUCGGCAUUUUCGAAUAGCAUAAAAGCCAAGGUGGAACGUUUCGAGGCAUCUUGUAUCAUAGAGACUAGUAUCGAUCCCAAUUUAAUACAGGGUGCUAAGGAAGGCAUUAUAUCUAAGGCAGACGAGAGACUUGGUUGUUACACGUACUGUAUGCUGAGGAAAAAGGGAAUCGUAGAAGAGAAUGGACACCUCUGGGUAAAUAUUGCCAAGAGACAGUUGAUAACCUACGGAGCUGACACGCUAAUGGCUGAUGAAAUGAUUAAUAAAUGCAAAAACAUCACUGGUGGCAACGAAUGUAAGCAAGCUAGUAACUUGAUACAGUGUUUCCUGGAGAUCAGGAGUUCAUACAUAUUCUAACUAAAAAUCAAACUGCUGAAACGAAAUAGUUUAAUUUGCAACUCGAUGCAUUUCGUAAUUUAUUUUGCACAAAAUAUUUAUAGAUUUAAAUUAAUAAAUUAUAAUAACGUAAAUAUCAUUAUUUGACGCUUAAAUCUUUGUUCUCAUAGUCAAAAUACAAGUUGUUUCUCCAUCUUGUU